AUGGACUACUCAAAUUUGCGUCGCCAAAUUACCUUCAUGAAGAAAAGUUUCUUUGAUCAGGGUUACCUUGAUGAACAGUUCAAUCAGCUGGAAGAACUGCAGGACGAAUCAAGCCCCAAUUUCGUUGAGGAAGUUGUGGCUUUGUUUCUGAAAGAUUCGCCGAGAUUGUUGUCAAACAUAGAACAAACAAUUGGGAAGUACCCUCAGGAUUUCUACCGGUUAGAUUCUCUUGUGCACCAGCUCAAAGGCAGCGGAUCCAGCAUUGGAGCAGUGAGGAUGAAGAACGAGUGCUCGGUGUUUAAGGCACACUGCAAUGACAGGAAUCUGGAAGGUGUGUCCAUGGUUGUGCUUCAGAUGCCGCAGGUCACUGCAGAAGAUGAAGAGGGAGCAUGCCACUCUGAAGCAGAAGCUGGAGUCAUAUUUUCAGUUACUGCGGCAAGUCGGGCCUCGCGAGCAUGCCGUGAACUCAAGGAAGUAAGAAGAUAG